CCCCCUUACGUCGUAUAUUUGGGGGAUAUUUGUAGACAAUUUGUCGUAACGUAUAACAUUUGAAUGAACCGCAAUAAGGAACAACAUUUUGCUGAGUAUGUCAAAAAUAACGAAUUAUUACAUUAAAUUUAUGAAUUUCAUCAUUAUUACUCAUGCAAUAAAAUACGGACACAGGCUUUUGUAUGUGAUGCGUUUGUACUUACUUUCUCUGUUGUUUAGCUAAGGUGUUCCGACAUGGUUGGCCGCCAUCACAAAUUAUUUACACGAUGCAAUCUCCAAUCAAUAAGUACGUAAUCCUUAAGAAACAAGGCAAAAGUAAUCUCGUGAUUGCAUCGGGACUUUGGGUGAUUGGAGAAAAACGCUGCCUGUAUCCGAGGGAGAACAUUGACCUUCAUCUGCAAAACAAUGACCUACCGGAAGACAAUUGGUCUAUGUUCAAGUGCAGUAUUGUUCACAAAUGCGGUUAGUUAAAGACAUGCAAAUUAUCGCUUCUUGUAGAAAGUCUCAAAUCAGCGAAUGAAUUGUUAGCAGCGUUGCAAGUGUGCUAUGCUACUGAUGAGAACUAUCCGCCCGACGAAAAUACGUUGCCCUUAAACACAGAUAAACAAAAGAGGUCAGUUCAACAAUCCUACUUACAUUUCGUAGAAGUGCAUUAAAAUGUAAAGAAAGUUUUAUGUACAAUUCCGUGGACAUGGAUGUCGCGGAGAUGCAGGCUGGGAAUACCCGCGUUCAAUAUCCAAAACUUCGGAUGUUUGAGAACGUUGUCUCUCCCAUUGCCAAUUCGACACAAUUAGACAGCUCGCCCUCCACAUCCGAGGAUAAAAAUCAAACUGCUCAAUUUGAAAGAAUGUAUACUUUGCAGCUUAAAAUUUUAGCAAGCUUGAGUGAACUGAAUACAAAUAUGAAACUUGUACUCUCAAAGUUCACUGACCGCCAAGAUCCGCGUCAAUUUGACUGUGGACUAUCCAGUCAACAGUUCCCUUUGUCAUCAGAAGAGGAACUGGGAACUUUGGACGCUUGUCUAGAGCAAAAAGACGUGAGGGACAGAUUUGUAAGCACACAACAUGAUUUUUAUCAUUCAUUCCUAUUACAGAUGGCUAUGUUGACACGUCUAAUGGAUGAUGAUCCUAAAACCUCUAUGCGAUAUAUUCUGUCCUACAUCAUGAAACCGGAAGUCGCCAUUAAUUUCACAUUACUGGGUACUUCAUCAAAAAGAGCGAUUCAGAAGUGCAGGUUUUACGGCUGCGUACGAAGUGCACUGACUAAUCGUUUCCUGUCGUCAUCUAUCAACGAGAAAGACCUUGCGAAAUUGUAUGACAUGGCUACGCAAAGUUAUUUCCACGACAUGAGAGUCCAGAAGCGUCAUCGACGUAACAAAGAACACGAACAGUCUUUCGUGUUCAAGGAUAUUACCAAUUCACAAGAAUUGUUUGACUUUCCAUAG